AUGUCUAUCGUAUUGCCAUCCACCAGCUCCAGCGAAGCUUUCAAGGCUUCCUCCAAAUACACCGCCGCUGUGCGUCGUCCAAUUGAACCAGUUGGUCGUUACUUUCUUGCCCACGCUUCUAGAACCUUGAGAGGCCACACCUGGUCCGAGUAUGAAAAGAUAGAGGCAGAGAAGAACGUUCAACAAAUCGAAGAAAACGUUGACGAUGACCUCGGAGACGAAGAGCAAAGCGAAGACUUGUUGGCCCAUGACCCAAGAGAAUGGAAGUCUGCCGACUUAUACGCUGUUUUGGGAUUGUCCCACUUAAGAUACAAGGCCACUGAAGAUCAAAUCAGAAGAGCCCACAGAAAGCAAGUCUUGAAGCAUCACCCAGACAAGAAGUCUGCUUCUGGAGGUUUGGAACAAGACGGUUUCUUCAAGAUCAUUCAAAAGGCCUUGGAAAUCAUGUUGGAUUCCAACAAGAGACAACAGUACGACAGUGUUGACACCAACGCUGACGUCAAGCCACCAGCACCAAAGUCCAAGUACGACUUCUUCGAAGCUUGGGGCCCAGUUUUCGAAUCUGAAGCCAGAUUCAGCAAGAAGCAACCAGUUCCAUCCUUAGGAAACUUGGAAUCUUCAAAGGAACAAGUUGACGAGUUCUACAGUUUCUGGGGUAAGUUUGACUCUUGGAAGACUUUCGAAUUCAAGGAUGAAGAUGUUCCAGAUGACACUGCCAACAGAGACCACAAGCGUUACAUCGAAAGAAAGAAUGUUGCUACCAGAAAGAAGUUGAAGCAAGAAGACAACAAGAGAGUCAUAGAAAUAGUCGAAAGAGCACAUGCUGAAGAUCCAAGAAUCAAGAUGUUCAAGGAUGCUGCCAAGAAGGAGAAGGAAAGAAAGAAGUGGGAAAGAGAGGCCGGCUCCAGAAAGGAAGCUGAAGAAGCUGCUGCUAAGAAGGCUGCUGAAGAGGAAGCUGCUAAGAAGGCUGCCGAAGAAGCUGCUGCUGGCAAGGCCAACUCCAAGAAGGCCAAGGAAGCUGCUAAGGCUGCUAAGAAGAAGAACAAGAGAGCUAUCAGAGGUUCUGCUAAGGAUGUUGACUACUUCGGUGAUGCCUCCAAGUCUGCCGACAUUGAGGCCGAUAUUGACUUGUUGCUUGAAAAGUUUGAUGAUGCUCAAUUAUCCACUAUUGCUGGUAAGCUCAAGGAUGCCAACGCUGACACUACCAAGGCCACUAUUUUGGGAGCUGUGGAAGAGUUGAAGAACGCUGGUACCCUCGAAGUUUCUUACUUGAAGUACUUCUCAUAG